UAAACUUCCGUUCAGCAUUGAAGUCGAGCCCGCAAUCCAUAGAAAAUGUCUUACGCAGACUUGAGUGUACAGAUUUGUGACAGGAGAGUAUUGCUGGAAAAGGUUGGGCUAGCAAUAAAACUUGGAUAUGAAGUCAUUGCUAUAGACGUUGUACAUACACCCUCAAAAAAUGUUACGAAGAAAAAGAAAAAGCAGAAAGACCAGGCUGGUGAUGGAGUUAUGAAAGCUUGUACAUUAAAACUUACAGAUGAAGAAUUAAAAAGUCUCCAAGUUGAUACGAAGCGUGUUAAGAUUCUUAGCCGAGUGACCUUGAAUGUGUCUGACAGUGACCAGCUGCAGUAUUUGAUGUCCCCAGAAGUCCAGGAAUAUGAUAUUGUUGCUGUUAGACCAACCUCUGCUGAAAUCUUUGCUAAAGCUGCUAAGUAUGUCAAUUUAGAUAUUAUACAACUAGAAAUGGAGAAAAGCACCAAAGUUAUAACACCUGGAGGACUGAGUGAGGGGAUACAGAAGGGGAUUCAUUUUGAGAUCCAGUAUGGCCCUGCCAUCAGAGACAGCUCAAUAAAGAGAUAUCUCAUCUCCAACUCCCAGCUCCUGGCCGGCUUCAGCAAAUCUAGGAAUAUUAUAAUUUCCAGUGGAGCAGAAAGGGCGAUUGAGCUUCGAGGCCCACAUGAUGUAGCCAAUUUAGGCUUACUGUUUGGACUCAAUGAGGCCCAAGCCAAAAACUCGGUCUCCAGAAGCUGUAGAAGUGUGCUCCUCCACGCCGAGGAAAGACGGGCCUUGAAAGCUGCAGUGGCACUGUCAAUCGGUGACCUUCAAGAUGAUCAAAAGUGGGUCAAGAACAAAUUGAAUGAAAUUAACUCAGUAGAGACGACAGAAGAAUCAUCUCCAAAGAAGCGAAAACUUGAAUGAAAUUCAAAAGUGUUUUAUUGAUGAAAAAACCCCCAACAAAAUGAAUGAUAGACUUGUAAUGUUUUAUUCACAUUACAUAAAAACUCUACAAUGUAUUGUAAAUGAUGUGGGCAUUGAUAUUCCGUUAUCUGUAGAAAAGGAGUGAAAAUGAAAUAAAGAAGAAUAUAAAAUUUGA